UGGCGGCGGCGCGCGGGCAGACUGAGGGGAGCGCGGCGCCCCCCCCCCCCCCCCCCCGACGGCUCCCGCCGCAGGCAGGCAGGGGCGGCCGCCGCCACCGCCGCCGACCCCCCCGCUCCUCCAUCUCCUUCCUGGGGCGGCGGCGGCUGCUUGUGCGGCGGGGUGAGGGCUGCCCUCCCCUGACAGCCGCCGCGGCGGGCGGAGCGGCGGCAGCAGCAUGAGCGGCGGCGGUGCCGGCCGGAGCACAGCGGCGAGGGCACGGCCGGCAGUGCGGCUGCUGGCGGUGCUCGGCUGCGUCCUGACAGCGGAGGCCCAGCUUACAGGUGUCCUAGAUGAUUGUUUGUGUGACAUAGAGAGCAUCGAUGACUUCAAUACUUUCAAGAUCUUCCCCAAAAUACAGAAACUUCAAGAACGUGAUUAUUUCAGAUAUUACAAGGUCAACUUGAAGAGACCGUGCCCAUUUUGGGCUGAUGAUGGCCAUUGUUCUAUCAAAGAUUGUCAUGUAGAGCCUUGUCCUGAGAGCAAAAUACCUGUUGGAAUUAAGGCUGGGAGCUCUAAUAAAUAUUCAAAAGCGGCAAAUAAUUCCAAAGAAUUGGAAGACUGUGAGCAAGCUAACAAACUCGGAGCAGUUAACAGUACCUUAAGUAACCAAAGUAAGGAGGCUUUCAUUGACUGGGCAAGAUACGAUGAUUCACAGGAUCAUUUUUGUGAACUUGAUGAUGAGAGAUCUCCAGAUGCACAGUAUGUGGAUUUGCUGCUGAAUCCAGAACGUUACACUGGAUACAAGGGGCCUUCUGCUUGGAGAGUGUGGAACAGCAUCUACGAAGAAAACUGCUUCAAGCCCCGAUCUGUCUAUCGUCCUUUAAAUCCACUGGCACCUAGUAGGGGAGGAGAUGAUGGAGAAUCUUUCUACACAUGGCUAGAAGGUCUUUGCCUUGAGAAAAGAGUGUUUUAUAAACUCAUAUCUGGACUUCAUGCUAGCAUCAACUUGCAUCUGUGUGCAAAUUAUCUUCUUGAAGAAACCUGGGGCAAGCCUCGCUGGGGACCGAAUGUGAAAGAAUUCACUCGCCGCUUUGACCCUAUUGAAACAAAAGGGGAAGGACCAAGGAGGCUCAAAAAUUUAUAUUUCUUAUAUUUGAUAGAGCUGCGUGCUUUGUCAAAGGUUGCUCCGUACUUUGAACGUUCAGUUGUUGACCUUUACACUGGAAAUGGCCAUGAGGAUGCUGAAUCUAAAGCUCUCUUACUGGAUAUCUUCAAGGAUACAAAGUCCUUCCGUAUGCACUUUGAUGAAAAAUCCAUGUUUGCUGGAGAUAAAAAAGGAGCCAAGUCAUUAAAGGAAGAAUUCAGAUUGCAUUUCAAGAACAUAUCCCGCAUAAUGGAUUGUGUUGGAUGUGACAAAUGUAGGCUGUGGGGCAAACUGCAGACUCAGGGCUUAGGAACUGCCCUGAAGAUCUUAUUUUCUGAGAAGGAAAUACAGAGCCUUCCUGAGCACAGCCCAUCAAAAGGUUUUCAACUCACACGUCAAGAAAUAGUUGCUCUUGUAAAUGCCUUUGGAAGGCUUUCCACAAGUAUAAAAGAGUUGCAGAAUUUUAAAGUUUUGUUACAACAAACUAGGUAAUGAAGGCCUUUGCACAACCUGUUAGUGAAGACCACUUACCUGACUGCAUUGAGCAGAAGGAACCGAUCCUUACAGGACUCACAUGAACUGAUAAAAAGUAAAAUCAGAUACCAACUUGAAUAUUUAUGUUUAAACUAGGAAUGGUUAUUAAUUAGAAAAGAUAUUUAUGAAUGAAAUAGUUUUUAAAUGUGUAAAUUAUGCUGAUUUGUUUAUUUUUUAAGUUCUCUGCUCACAAUUCUGUUGUACUGAGACUUUGUCAUAAAUUUUCUUUAUUUCCUUGUCUUUCUGAAGACAGUUGUUUCCUAUGAAAACAUGUGUACCUCUGCCCUGACUUGGCCUGUCCUGAGAGAGGUGCUUCACCUCUCCCAGCGAGCUUCAGUGUAUUCUGAGGAUUGGGUAUGCUGAUUCUGGCUGUCUAAAAGAAGAGGGGGGGGGGAAAAAAAAAAAGAAAACAAAAGGGAAAACCCUCAAAAAGCCAAACAAAACCAGAAAAGGAAAUAAGGCUCUUGUUGAGUUCUGCCUUCUUACUGUAGUAAUGAAACUUUCUUAAAAAUAGGACACUUACUGAGCAGAAAAAUUUAUUUCAUACAGAGCUCCUUUGCAUCAUGCUGAUAUCAACAUUUUUUUUCCCCUGUGUGCUGCUUUUCAGAAUUUCCUUUUUUCUUUCAAAUAACUACCUUGUCUCUGAUGCAGCACAGUUGGAAGUGACUUUUCUACUGCCCCUUGGCUACCUGCAUUUGCUUGGGGGUGGGGGGCAGGGCAGGGGGAGGUGGUUAGGGGAAUGCUGCUAGCUGAAAAGCCUCAAUCAAAUUCACAUCUACCCCAUUUGAUUUUCUAGAUGGUAAUGACGAGUUCGAUUUCCAGAAAUUGUCUUUUUAAUGCCUAAAAUGUUAAAAUAGCACACUUCAAUCUUUGAGCCAUGGAAACAGAUUUGCUCUUUAUGGGUUAUGUUUUAGUGCUAUGUGAAAAGGUCAUUGCAAGAAGUAAGAACUUGUUUUUGUAGUCACUUUUAAAAGAAGAUGCUUUUUAAAAUUCAUAAUCACACUGACAUUUAAUACCGCAUACUCUUAUCUAUGCAAUCCCGAGCUGUAUCUUCUUUAAUAGGAUAUUCAGAGUAAAAAAACGGGUAUGUUAAUAACGUAACUUUCAUAAAAUAAGAAAUUCUCAUGUAUCAUUGUCUGCAAAUGUCAAUGAUAAUUUACCAUUGUCCAAAACAGAAUUCAGAAACAGCGUUACUAAUUAGUAGCAACCAAAUAAUGGUUUAAAUUUAAAAUUAAGUGGUAAUUAUUUUUUUUUAAACCAGCAUGCUUCAAAGUGAAAUUAGGAGUGAUGAAUGCAGGAAGUGCUGGUACAGUGUAGAUACAUCUCUUGUUUUUAAAAAUAAGUCUCUGCAAAAUAAAGUGCUCUUAAACAUUUUUCACCCUACCAGAUAUUUAGUGACCUGUUUAUAUAAUUGAUUGUAACUGUAUUGGCUUCCAUAAUAUGUUCCUUUACAGCUGAGUUUUUCUGAAAGCUGGAAUAUGCUCUAUGUCCUUUGUUUCCAGACUAGCCUCGAAUUUCUACCUGACUAGAAAUGAGACUAUCCUGCUGACACUUGCUAUUACAAAAAGAUACUGUUUCUGAAGAAAGUAAACCCUGUUGAGUCAAACUGGGAUAAGCUAAAUGAAAGAAAAAAGAAAAAAAACCCAAACAAAAAACCACACCAAAAAACCAGACCAGCUCCUGCAAAGUUUUGGUGAUAGUUGCACAAAUUGGCAGUGAACUGGUAUCCAGUCAGAAGUUCCUGUGAAGCCAGCAGGUGAUUUAACAUGGUGUUAGAGAAAGCUGAUGUCACUCUGGGGGAUGUUACGUUCUUACCUAGCAAGUCUCUCUUGCCUGUGGGCACCUGUCUGAGCAAAGUGGCCACAGGCUUCCUUUUUCUAAUUAAUGGAGAAGAGCGGGUGAUUUUUAGGUGGAUUCAUCUGGCCUGUUCCAAGCUCUGUAUUCGCACCCCAGAGUUUAUUUUUCUCCAUGAAAUUGAAGUGGGAAUCUAGGUAACUAGCUUGGAUGUGAACAGCUGUGUUUGGUAAAUGAGUUACACCCUGAGUAUCUAACUCUUCUGAGUAAUUGUAUCUAUUGAAAGAGUGUAGUUUUCAGUUGGCCAUUAAUUCCUUGCCUUUUGGAUUGACCUGCAAGGGCUAGAACCUGUAGGCUCACUUGUGUGAAGAAUGCUAUAUAGGUGGGAUUUACCUGUAUUGUUACAUAUAGUGCCUAAAGGUUUAGGCAGGAUUUUCUAGUUAAUAAAAAAAAAAAAAAAAAAUGGUGUCGUCUGCGCUGCCCCAGGAAGGACCUUAGUCUCAGACUUGUUUCUUCCCUUUUUCCCCUUGCUUUGUGGGGAAAGUGAAUUGCUUCUAGACACCUUCUGGGGAUGCAACCCGUGCCUGGUUAAAGUCUACAGACACUGAAGCAGCAUCACAUCCUGGCAUCAUGCGAGCAACUCAGGCACACGGAUCCUGGGCACCGGCUCCUUGCAGCCCUCGUUGGCGCGGUGCAGGCAAGGUUAAUGCCGCUGGGGAAGGACAUGAGGGGAUGGGAAGCUUCUCUUUUCCUUUGUGUCAUGAACACAGGAAUGCAACAGAACUUGAGCAGAUCCGAUGUGUGGGAAGUUCUCUUGCAUUUGAAGGUACAUCUCGCUUGGUGAUCAAAUACGGAAGGUGUUCCACUUCACUGUCGCUGUAGAAAUAGGACAUAAGCUUUUUCCUGUUAUAAAUCUAGUUGAAACAAUUUUCCUGUCACCAUCUUUUUUACUGUAUUUGAUGUACAUUCUGUGACUAUGCUGCCUAUGAAGUUUUGCCAUGGGAAUCGGAUGACUUUGUUCUUUAUAUGUUAAAUUUUAGAAAUUUACAGAUCUGUUUUUAUACUGAAGAAUAAGGUUAGUUACACUGUCCAUGACCUGUAGACUAUUUUAAAUUCCAGCUCCCUGUUGGAGAUCAGCUUGUCAACAUUGUCUGUCAUUCAUUUCAGAGUAAAAAGUACAUUUCCUUGUACAAAUGACACCAUGAUUGUAAUCCCAGAGGUAGCGAGAAGACAAAGACAAAACAGUUUCAUUUUUCCCAAGUUGUGAAGACCUACGUGAAAUGGUAAUAAAAAAAAAAAGACUUGGUGUAAAGUGCGCAGGUAAAACACAGGGCACCGUUGCUGAAGAAGUUGUUCUUCAGUGCCUGUGGAGGAAGGUGAGAAUAUAGAUCUGAAAUGGUAAAACAGAGAGACAUGUGUAAGCUGGAACAAACAAAAGUGUUUUCCUGCUUCAGCUGAUGAUUUGUGCUGUAUGUCAUUGUAUGUGCAUGAAAUACACUGUGCCACACUUUCUCCAGUUGUGUUUUGAUGGUUGGGUUGCCUUUAUCUGACCUUGCUUUUUGCUUUUUCUGGGAAAUGACCUGUAAUAUGUUGUAAAUAAUCUAAAUGCUUAUGUUUAUAAAGUAGCAAUCGGCAAUUCAUCACUUUACAAUUCCUCCAUACAGCUGGCCUAUUAAAAUGUAAUAUUUAUUAAAAUCAAAACAAUGUUGGAACUGCUUACUGAGAUCUAAACACUUCUGAAUCUUUGCUAUGUUUGAAUCUAUAAAACGCGAAUUAAAGUAUUUUCUGCUACAA